UGACCCAGUUUAAUGUGUGCAGCAGAAGGAAGUGAUGCGAAACAUUAACCUCAAGAGAACGUGCUAUUCUGCAUAGUCUUUAUUUGUGCUCUUGGGGUGCGUUUGUGUAGCGUCACACAGUCUGAAUCGCUGACGGCUGGGGUCUUAUCAGCUCAAAGCAGCUUUCUGUCGGGGCUUUUCAGCCAACUGGCUAUCAGAAAGAAUACGCCACUGUCACUAUGGGAAACUCAGCCUUGCUUUUUUCUGCAGUCUCUUGUCGUUGCUUGGGGUUGUCAGCCAAUUUGACAUUCACUGCUUUAACACCAAAUGGACUCAUCUGGUGGAAGAGACGAGAAACUAAAUGUAAUAGGAUAUGAAAAGAUGGAACUUCCUGUUCUCACUCAACCUGGUCUUGGCGUGACAACAACAACGGUGACCAAUAUCACUCAGACUGGAGGAGACUGGUCUACGGGACUCUUUGACGUUUGUGGUGACACCAGCACAUUUCUGAUGGGUGCGUUUGUGCCCUGCUGUCUGGACCUGAAUCUCGCUCAUCAGUAUGGAGAAUGCUUGUGUUUGCCCCUGUUGCCCGGCUCCACGUUUGCCAUGAGAGUGGGCAUCAGAGAACGCUUUAAAAUCAGGGGCAGUGUGUGUGAGGACUGGACCGCUGUAUAUUGCUGCUACCCUCUGGCCCUCUGUCAAAUGAUCAGAGAGACGAAGAAGAGGCUGAAGACACAAAUCUACACUGUUUCCACCAUGCUGGACAGCUCCUGAGACUGCUGGCAGCCUGAUGUCCCCCUGGUAACAGUUCAGUCCACGGCAACAACACAGACACCUGGAGCACGGAGGGCUGGUCAGAUGUUUGAGUUUUCAGAGCUCGGAUCUCUUCCCACAGAUGAGCUCACAGCUUUAAAGAGAGAAUAUAGUGUUACUAGUCUUCAUUCAUCCAUAACAAGGUUUUUUAUCCUGUUCAACAAACAGUAUAUGUGUAGUCACACAGCAGAGAGAGGCGUUAAAGGGUUGCGAGCUGUUAGUUUCCACUGAGAAAAUGUCCAAGCCGUUUGGAGAGCUUUCUGUGAGUUUGACACGGAGGUGUUUUUCUAGUCUGUGGGCUCGGUUAGAAAGCGGUUUGAUGACAGUUCCGACUGUUAUUGUGGGAGGCGAGUAGAGAUGUGAGAUUUUAAGUUCAAGGUUGAAGUCUGAUAAAAAAAAUCAAUCUGAUCUCUGCCUUUCCAGCACUUGAGUUCACCCAAAGCUUCUGAAACCACAGAACAAAUGGUGUAUAAAAAAAGAAGGAAGCAUGCAAGAUCAUGCUGUCAGUCAGAUUCAUCUUUCAUUUUUUGUUCAUUUGGUAUUUUCUAUUUUUGGCCAAUGAAUCAGGUGUAGGGAGUUUAAGAGAGAGUUUUUAACCAUUGUGAAAUGGUACAAACUGGUCAAAAUAACAAAAAAGAUGCAAUGUUUGCUGAUCUUGAAUGCUGCAAAGAAAACAAGUUCAUUUUCAUUUUUAAACAACACAAUAAUAAUGUUUUACAUGUAUUUUAGGAUAAGUUCAAAAAUGAAUAUGGAAAUAACUUGGCAUUCUCUCAGUCUUUCACAUUGCUGUUGGGGGACUUUAUGCCAUUCUUGAGGGUUGCUUCUAUUAAAAAUCCACACAAUUUGGACUGGAAUUGCACUCUUAAAAAUAAUAGUGCUUAAAAGGUCCUUCACAGCAAUGCCAUGGAAGAACCAUUUUUGGUUUAAAAAAAACAUUAAGUCAAAGGUUCUUUAAUGAACCAUCUCUUUCUCACUUUUUAAUAAUCUUACGAACCAUCUUUCGUUAAAAAGAACCUUUUGUGAAAC